AUGCCUGGGAAAGUACUUUCACCUUACAAGCAGGUACCAGAGACCAAAGCUGAUCUGGACUGGGCUGAGCUCGUAACCCUCGACCUCAGUCUCUUCGAUCAACCGAACGGCAAGCAACAACUCGCCGACCAACUCGCCUACGCCGCCCAACACGUCGGCUUCUUCUACGUCAAAAACUUCGACAUCUCCCAAGAAGAAGUCGAUCGUCAAUUCGCUCUCGGCCGCGAAUUCUACAACCUGCCUCUCGAAGAAAAACUCCAAUACCACAACCUCAAAGACCUCGAGAGCGGGGAAUACAACGGCUACCGUCCCGCCGGUCUCCGCCAACUCACCGAAACAAUCCGCGACAACGUCGAAGUCUACAACAUUCCCAAAUUCGACGGCUUCCAUCACCGUGCUCAGCCUCCCGUUCUCCAAGACCACAUCAAAGAAAUCGAAAUGUUCAGCCGUAAAUGUCACGAUCUAGUCAUAACCAAACUCCUGAAACUCUUCGCUAUCCUUCUCGAACUCCCUUCCGAAGACCAACUUGUCGAUCUUCACAAAUACGACACAAAAGGCGAAGACCAUCUUCGCUACAUGCACUACAAAGCUCGCACACCGGAAGAGAAUAAACUCGUUGGAGAACUUUAUAGUCCUGGCCAUACGGAUUUGGGAUCUCUGACAUUGUUAUUCCGCCAACCAGUCGCAGCGUUACAAAUCUUGAAUUCGAAGAAUGAAUGGAAAUGGGUUCGUCCACAAGAUGCGACAAUCACAGUGAAUAUCUGCGAUGCGUUGAGUGCUUUGACGGGAAACUGGCUCAAAAGCAGCGUACACCGCGUUCAUGCUCCGCCUGAAGAUCAGGCGCAUGUGGAUCGGUUGGGAGUAUUAUAUUUCUCCAGACCAAACAACCACGUCCUCCUCGAUCCCAUCUCCAACAGUCCAGUGCUGGAGAAACUCGGCAUCAAAGACAACGAGUUCACGAAACUCGGUCAGCAUUUGACUAUGGAAGAAUGGUGUAAAUUGCGCCAGACGCAGCAGCAGAGAAGGACGAAGGCGCCGAAGAUUGAGGGGACGAAGUAUACGUAUGAGAAUGGAGAGUUGGAGGUUAUGAAGGGGUAUUCGGCGAAAGUUUAUAAUUGA